CGUCAGUGCGCGGCGCUCUAGCACAUGCGCAGAACGGUGUGGUUGUCUGGAAACUGUCGAGUUUGACCAUCUCCUCGAAUGUCUUUGCAAGCUCACUGGUUUUGCGAGGACAGAAAAUACUGGGUCCGACGUGUUAAAGUACCCCCAAGUGACUAGUUAACUAGCUAGUGAACAGAACGCGCGCCGCCUGGUGGAAUUAUCAACGGAACUCAGCUUUUGAGUUUUUAGUCAUGGACGAGGAGCCAGAAAAAGCCAAACGCUGGGAAGGCGGUUAUGAACGGACAUGGGAGGUUCUGAGGGAGGAUGAGUCUGGUUCACUCAAGGCUACAGUGGAGGAGAUCCUCUUUCAGUCCAAGAGAAAACGGGUUGCAGACAGCCAUGGUCAAGUGAGGCUGGGGAUGAUGCGUCACCUCUAUGUGGUGGUCGACUGUUCAAGAAGCAUGGACGACCAAGACCUAAAGCCAAACCGCCUUACUUCAACUUUGAAGCUGUUGGAAGUUUUCAUCGACGAGUAUUUUGACCAAAACCCCAUCAGUCAGGUGGGAUUCAUCACAACCAUGAACAAAAGAGCGGAGAAGCUGACUGACCUGGCAGGAAACCCCCAGACGCACAUCGCCGCUCUGAAGAAAGCGGUGGGCACGGUGUGUGCAGGAGAGCCGUCUCUCUACAACGCUCUGAGUUUGGCGUUGCGCACUCUGAAACACAUGCCUGGACACACCAGUCGGGAGAUUUUGAUCAUCCUCAGCAGCCUGACCACAUGUGACCCGACGAGCAUCUAUGACAUUAUCAAGAGUCUGAAGUCCCUGAAGGUGCGGGUGUCUGUGAUCGGACUUUCGGCCGAGGUCCGAGUGUGCACCAUGCUGACCAAAGAAACCGGCGGCUCGUAUCACAUCAUCCUGGACGAAGGUCACUUCCGAGAGCUGCUGCUGCUGCACGUCAAGCCUCCGCCGGUCAGCGCCACGUCCGAGUGCUCCCUGAUACGCAUGGGUUUCCCCAAACAUACUGUGGGUCCUUUUAAUGACAGGGAAGCCCAACCUUCCUUCAGCAUGUCUCAACUGGAGAGCAGCAGCUGCCCCACUCUCUCCGUCAGUGGCUACCUGUGUCCCCAGUGCCAGGCCAAAUACUCGGUGCUGCCGGUGGAGUGCAAAGUCUGCGGUCUGACUCUGGUGUCCGCUCCUCAUCUGGCCCGCUCCUUCCACCACCUGUUCCCCCUGAAGACUUUCACUGAGAGCCGCUCCGUGGAAGAAGAAGGGUUCUGUCAGGCAUGUCAAGCCAAACUCAAGGACCAAAUCGUCUACAGGUGUCCGUCUUGCCACAGUGUGUUCUGUGUGGAGUGUGAUCUCUUCAUCCACGACUCUCUUCACUGCUGCCCCUGCUGCAUCCACAACCAGAGCGCCCCCUGAGCCAGGUCACACGCACGUGGACAUGGACGCACUGUGCCACUGGACUCUGAGGAAGAACACGUCUGUGGGUGUCAGUGAAUGGGACCUGGGCUCUGCGAAGGCUCUGGUUGAAGAGGAAAGUCGUUUGAACUGGGACCCACUUGGAUUUAUUUUGACUUCAUUCAAGUGUUGGCUUCUGAGUUUUAUCUUCAGUCUCACAUGUGGUUAUGAUUCUGUGAACAACACCGUGUGAUUCUGCCUGCUAAUUGCUGUGCAAUUAAAUGAUGUAGUUUCAUGUUUUCC